CCUCCUUCCCCAGCCUUCUUGCGGGGAAACCCGCCCCUCUUCUCAGACCCCCUCUCCCCUUUUCAGCCAGAAUUCGCGCCAAAGAGCCGUAUGAUGUCAUCACGCAAAGCCCUACCGCUCGCCUCCCUUGUUUUCAAACGAAGGGGGCGUGUGGGAUUGGCUGGUGUGGCUGCCACGUGAUUAACGGUCGCGGGAAAGCCGCGGAGUCCGAACGGGUGAGCGUGCUGCGCUCGGCGGAGGGGAGUGCUGGAGUUGCACGGACGGACUGCUGCGGCGAGACCGAACCGUGUCAGCCUAGCUGUGGGAUCCCCCUGCGGGCGUGACCUUUGGCCGGAGGGGGGCGGAAUCGCGUGUGCCCGUGUGCCGUCUGAACCAGGGCAGAGAUCGCGACGGAUCUCGGCUAUGAGUUUCCUGAGCCUUCAGCAGCAGCCGGCCGCGGGGGCGCGGCGCCUUACAGCCCGGAGGGCGGCGGCCCCGAUCCGGCAGAAGCUUCAUUUCUCGGGCGGUGGCAGCGAUUGUGAGGAGGACGAAGAGGAGGAAGAAGACGGCUACGAGGAAGAGGAGGAGGAAGGCGGCGGCAGCAGCGGCAACACGACUGGGGAAGACUCGGCCUUCCAGGAGGCCGAUUCCCCGUUCUCGGUCAGCCGCACCCCAGCUCGGCGGGAGGCUCCGCCGCCGGGAACACCCGAGGAGGUGGCGAUGGAGCUGGCGCCGCCUGCCCUCCCGGGCGACGAAGGAGACUCUUCAGAAGAGGAGGGCUUCGGCUCCUCUUCCCCCGUGAAAUCGCCCGGCACGUACUUCAUGGCUGGCUCGCCGCCCUUGAAGGGCCCUCGUCGUUACUACGGACAGUCGUCGCCGCCGCGCCCCGGGGCCAUCCGUUAUCGGGAGCACCAGGGGCCGGGCUCCCCGCUGCCCGAAUACCCCGGCACGCCGCCACACAAGACCUUUCGCAAGCUGCGCCUCUUCGACACCCCGCAUACGCCGAAGAGUCUUCUUAGCAAAGCUGAAGGAAUGGGGUCAAGUUCAGCAAAACUGAGAGGAGGCUCUCUUUUUAUGAAUGUUGGGAAACUAGUAAAACAAGAAUCCGACAUGGGGCAAGCUCCCCACGUGAACAUUAAUCCCUUCACUCCAGACUCCCUCUUCCUUCAGUCUUCAGUUGGACAGUGUCGCAGAAGAAAGAGGACUCACUGGAAUGAUUCAUGUGGUGAAGACAUGGAAGCAAGUGAUGGUGAACUUGAGGAUGAAACUGUGAGACCUGCCAAGCGGAUUAGCAUAACAGAAAGUAAUAUGAAAUCACGAUAUGCAACAGAAUUUCAUGAAUUGGAGAAAAUUGGGUCUGGAGAGUUUGGUUCAGUAUUCAAAUGUGUUAAAAGGCUUGAUGGUUGCAUCUAUGCAAUAAAGCGGUCUAAGAAACCCUUGGCUGGAUCAGUUGAUGAGCAAAAUGCUCUUCGAGAAGUCUAUGCUCAUGCAGUGUUGGGACAGCAUUCGCAUGUAGUCAGAUACUUUUCUGCCUGGGCAGAAGAUGAUCAUAUGCUUAUACAGAAUGAGUAUUGUAACGGUGGCAGUCUAGCUGAUGCCAUAAGUGAAAACUAUAGGAAUAUGCGUUACUUCAGUGAACCAGAAUUGAAAGAUUUACUACUUCAAGUUGCUCGUGGUUUAAAAUAUAUCCAUUCAAUGUCACUGGUACAUAUGGACAUAAAGCCAAGCAAUAUCUUUAUAUCUAGGACCUCAAUUCCAGACACUAUAUCUGAAGAAGGUGAUGACGAUGAGUCUAGCAGAGUUGUGUUCAAAAUUGGUGAUCUUGGUCAUGUCACUAGAAUAUCCAGUCCUCAAGUGGAGGAAGGGGACAGUCGCUUUCUUGCCAAUGAAGUUUUACAAGAGAACUAUAACUACUUGCCAAAAGCAGAUAUUUUUGCUCUUGCACUAACUGUGGUGUGUGCUGCUGGUGCCGAACCACUGCCAGCCAAUGGGGAUCAGUGGCAUGAAAUUCGACAAGGAAAACUACCUAGAAUUCCACAAGUCUUAUCUCAAGAGUUCUUAGAUUUAUUAAAAAUGAUGAUAAACCCCGAUCCAGAGAAAAGACCCUCAGCAGUUGCUCUUGUCAAGCAUUCUGCGCUGUUAUCUACUGCCAGAAAGAGUGCUGAGCAGCUACGAAUAGAACUGAAUGCGGAGAAGUUCAAAAACUCUUUGUUGCAAAAGGAACUGAAGAAAGCACAGAUGGCAAAGGCAGCAGCUGAAGAGCGAGCACAGAUUACUGAUCGCAUGACAACUAGAUCUACAGUACAGAACAGAACAGCUCGUCUUAGUGGAAAGAAAAUGAAUCGUUCAGUUAGCCUUACAAUAUACUGACUUGUCCAUUCCAUUAAACUGGAGAAGGAAGGAGAUUGAAUACUGGUGGACUAAAUAAAUAGUUGAAGAAAGAAUCCUUUCUUCAUUUUUUCCUUUAAUCACUGUCAAUGGUUUCAUAAAAGAGCUGUUCACCAUUCUAAUUUUGCCAAAUGCAAUUAAAUAGCUGUUUUGUUCUAUGCCCAGAAGAAUCUAGGAUGUCAACUUACCUUUCAGAUAUAUUGUAUAUUACACCAUCCAGAACUAACCACUAGAAGGUGGUAUGCUGCUUUUUAGUUUUAAUACAUUGUUAAUGAAAGGUACUUCCCUAGUAGUCUUAAAGGGCCUUUUUGUUUUUCGUAAACAGCUCUAUUUGGAAUGGAGGAAAGAAAUGCUGUGGAUAUCCUAAAAGGCCAGCAGGUCAAACCAUACCUGGUGUCAGGUAAACGAUUGUGAAUUUUACUUGUGUAUUCAACUGGGAGCACUUUGUUAGGCAUUGCUUAGAUCACAGGAAUAAGCCUGUGAAAACAUGCCACGUGAAACUGCUGCUAUUUUUAGUUUGUCCUUGCUGUAAAAGUGUAGCAUUAAAACAAUCAUUGUGUUUAGCAGGCUUUCUUUGAAAAAUAGAAAAAAUUAUGUGAAAAAUAUUAGCUGCCUAGGUCCUUCUCUGAACCUAGUGUACUGUGUACAGUCAUUUUUAUAUUUGAAUUACAUUAUUAGUGUAAAUGUUUUGGUUCUAUUUUGUAAUUCUUUCUAAUGAAAGUUCUCAAAAGUUAAUUCCUGUCCCUUUUCCUCCUCUUCCUCUGUUAAUAUUUGAAUGUGCCUGUUUGCAUAUUUUAGUACUUGUAUAUAAAUGUACUGUUUUACCAUGUUUCAGAAAGAAUGUGUUGAGCUGUUCUUACGAUGUACAAUAUUGAAAUGAGAUGCCAAAAGAUCCUAUCCAAAUUUAUUUCAACAUCAGUUACAAAAUUAAUAUAAUCAGCCCUUCUAAUAAUUGGUUCUGAUAUUGCCAAAAUGGUUGCUAGCUACUACUGGCUUUUUGGCUUAAACCAAUGUUUCCCACUUGAAUGUUUCUCUUUGUUUUUAAUUAGUAUUGAAAUGGAAUAUUAAAAUGACAUUUUGAAA